GUUCCACGUUUUAGAAAGAAACGAAUUAUCCAAAGACUUUUGUAAUCUAUUUCGUAUACUCCGUAUAGAUCUACAUAAUAUCACAUAUAAGGGUGAAAAACGUUGGAAAGUUAAUAGUCUAGAAAAAAAAAUCAUUAUGUUAACAUUUUGCCCUGUUUGUGCCAAUGUUUUGAUUGUAGAGGAGGGUCCAGAAUGUAUGCGAUUUGCUUGCAAUACGUGCCCAUAUGUGCAGAAUAUCACUAGAAAGAUUUCUCACAAAGUGUAUCCAAGAUUAAAAGAAGUUGAUGAUGUUUUGGGCGGUGCUGCAGCAUGGGAGAAUGUGGAUUCAACUGAAGUUACCUGUCCCAAGUGUGAGCACAAAAGGGCAUUCUUCAUGCAGAUCCAGACACGCUCAGCAGACGAGCCUAUGACGACAUUUUACAAGUGUUGUAACAUGGGAUGUAGCCAUAGGUGGAGAGACUAAUAGAGAACUUUCUCAAUGUAUUUAAUAAAUAAUAUAGAAUUUUGACCAGGAGCUUUCAGUUAGGCCUGCUGUUAAUUUUAAAAACUCAUUAUGAAUCUACUCAUGUAAGUCUGAUUGUUUAGAGUAUGUUAAUAAAUUAUUCUUUUAUAUUAAUUGAAUCAAGUAUGAAAGCUUAUUUAGUUGUAGCUUGUUCCAAGGGAAAGUUUCCCCCCGAGAUAAAGUUUGGCUUGUUUCAUUAAAUAUGUUUUCAGAUCAUUAAUUGGGUAUAGUGUGUAUUAAACAGUGAAUGUCCAGCUUGAUUUUUCCUAUUCCUCAUACUUGAGCAGGGUUCUGUUAAAGAACUGUGUUCUCGUUCUAAACUUCUCAUGAUGCUUGAGACUUGGGGACGCUUAUAAACUGUCAGCAGAUCAUAACAGAGGAAAAUUUUUUUUUUCAAGACUUUAAAAAAAAAAGUUUAAUCCACUUGAUUGUUAAUUUUGUUGACCACUUGAAGCUUGACUUUAGCCUCAUGCUUCAUUUGCCUCAAAGUGAAAUGCCACCUUGGAUUGACACACCGAUAUAAUUAAGUUCUCUGUUAGAAACCUAAAUAUCUACUGUGAAGGUUCAAAUAAAAUAAUUGACCAUGUCCUCCCAAUUGAAUAUAUUUAGCUAAUACUCCUCAUGAUGAUUUUCUUGUUGAUGUUUCCAACUUGAGUCUUUAUGUUCCAUAAUUAAUAGACUAGUUUCUAGCAAGUAAAGAGAACGAUAGGCUUGACUUAUAACUGUAUAUAUUUUGAACAAAUUUAAUCAUGUCACAUCCUGAUCAAACAAAGGAAGUAUCAAAUUGUAAGCUUGUUUGUUUGGGUUACAUUUGGGAUGUUAGGAUAAUUUACUUCCUAGGCCAAACAUACAGCAGGACGACAGGAUAUGAGUGGGCAGGGUAUGAACCCAGGACCAUUGAUAAGUCAGAACAACAGUCCAGCGUGCAAACCGCACAAUUAGGCAGCCAAGCCAAAGUUGACAUAAAAAUGAUCAAUUAAGAAAUGAAAACUUUAAAGUAAAUGAUUUAGAAGUGGGGGAAAAAAAUGAAUUGUUAAAUGGACGUACCCAUAAAUAAGUAUGUAAAUUUCUUCAGUUGUGUGAUGUCAAAAAAAAGGUCUGUUUUCUGUUUGAAUUGGGCACUUUUUUCUAGCUGACACUUAAGAGCAUCCAUCAGGUUUGUUUACUUUUUAGUGAUCAGUUUGUGACAUCUGGUGAAUGUGAAUGAUACAGUUGAUUAUUUUAGUGGAUGAGUGAAACAAGUCUCAGUGAAUUAGAUUUCAUAGCUAACUCAAUGACAUACCAUCAAAUGUGUAAUGUACUUUGGGUGAGAGUAUUCCACUUUGUGUGAAACAGCCUAUCUGACAAGGAGACCCAAUUAUCUGUUGUGUUCUUCAAUACUUCUGUGUAUGUAUCAUAAGACAGUUCUUUAAAGAUUUUUUUUCUUUGCUUGACUUCUGAAAUCUACAUAGUCAAGUCAAAUUUCAUUUCAUUCUGUGUGAAUGCUUACUUUUGUUUCGUGUACUGUUAUUAUUUAUGUAAAUAACAGAAUGUUAAAAAAACAUAAUUUAUGUAAAUAAAUAAUGUUAAUACUUAUUUUGUUUGUUAGGGACAUUUAUAUUAUUUCUAAUAGCUUUGUUUUGUUCCAUUUCUUUUUUGUUUUUGAUCUUUUUUCAGUGUUGCGAUUUUUGUUUUACACACUUUAAUAAUAAGAAUUUUGUAGGAGGGUGAGUAAUAAGUCUUAAAAAAAUACUCACAUAGUCAAUAGGGUUUGUUGGACUAGUCCGUUUCGUUUCUUUGAUUAAAAAGUAUUUAUUUUA